ACUGAGGAUGUUUCUCACAUCCUACUACAGGGUUUCGUUGUCCCAAGGAUUUCAUUUGAAGGGUGGGGCACUCCUUCACUUCCUUCCACCCGGACCGGAGACUGAAGUCUGGACCAAUGAAAGCGGAGAACCUCAUUUACUGGCACUAAGAACUGGCACUAUUUAAGUGGUAGCAGGAAUGGGUUGUGAGCGUCGGCUUUCUCUACAAAGGGGCACUCCAUCAUCCCAUCUGUGGCACCGCUGAGCUGAAGAGAGGGAACAGAGCAAAGCAGUGCAGGACUCCUGCUGCCACUAUGUGCUAUGUAAAGUGUGCAAGAUACAUCGGAUUCUCUCUGGUGUGGGCUGCUGUCUUCUGCAUCGUAGCUAAUGUUUUGCUCUACUUUCCUAAUGGGGAAACAAAAUACGCUACCGAGGGCCACCUCAGCCGCUUCGUGUGGUACUUUGCUGGCAUUGUAGGAGGAGGCUUGCUGAUGCUCCUGCCGGCGUUUUUGUUCAUUCGGCUGGAGGAAGAGGACUGUUGUGGCUGCUGCGGCUAUGAAAACUACGGCAAGAGAUGCUCGAUGCUCUCUUCUGUACUGGCUGCUCUGAUUGGAAUCACGGGAUCUGGCUACUGUGUUAUUGUGGCAUCGCUGGGUUUGGCAGAAGGACCAAAGUGUAGCGAUGCCAACGGAGUGUGGAACUACACCUUUGCCAGCACUGAGGGACAGUACCUUCUGGAUUCCUCUAUGUGGUCCAAGUGCUAUGAGCCCAAGCAUAUUGUGGAGUGGCAUGUGACUCUAUUUUCUAUCCUCUUGGCUUUUGCUGCCAUUGAAUUCAUCUUGUGUCUCAUUCAAGUAAUAAACGGAGUGCUUGGGGGCACGUGUGGCUAUUGCUGCUCUCGCCAACAGGUAAGAAUGUGUGUAACUGUGUUGAGGCCUAGCCUUGUAGAGGCAACAAGGCUCCAUUCUUCUCCUUAAAGGCAAAACCAGGCAAGGCAACCAACCAGAACCUAUUCUCACUUCGUCAUUGUCGGGGUGGCAUUUCUUACACCUAAUUUCAGCUUCAGUACUGAGUCUCACAGACUGAGUCAUCUUGGUUUGUAGUUGGCUCUGAGGGCACAGGAACACUUGCCUAGAAACACAGAACCUCUUUCAAGUCAAAUUCCCCAUGUUUCUCACUCACCCAGCUCUGGUUACAGGUAUGAGUGUCUAACAUGGUUGCCUUCGUGUUCCUAAGUAGGUACCAACAUUGAUUCCAUAAGAUGUAGCACUUAACUCACUCCCCAUUCCCGUGUCUGACUCAAGCACUGAACAAGAUGUUAAAGAUCCCUUACUCAAGAGGUAAACAGAUUCAAUUCUUUAGUUAUUUUAUGCCCACGCCCUUCCCUUUAACCUUGGUGCUGUACUUCCUGUCCUGUUUGAUUCCCUGUAAUUCUUUCCUAAUAAGGAAUAACAAAAAUGCCUUACCCUUAUGCAGUAAGCAUGGAGUACAAUUAUUAAUCUUUGAAUGUCCUUCUGAAAGAAACUUCUAUGUGAAAGCAAACCACAAGGUCUCAUUUCCUGUGGAUAGAACUUAGAAAUGAAAUAAGUACUUGUUUGCAACAGAGAAAGUUUUUUUUCUUUUUUAUUGAAAUUAUUUUUUCUAUGUCUCCCUAAAAAUCAUAUAUUAUUGAACAGAUGGGAAGGUAAAAUCUGGCCUAUUUUGGGAAGUUGCUGUUUUAUGUCUUAUUCUUUAAAAAACAAGAUGAAGUAAACAAACUUAUUCCACUCAUAUUUUCCAUUUCAUUCCAUUUAUUGCCUAAUUCAAUAUCUUUUGACUUUCCUUGAAAAUAGGGCAAAAUAACCCCGGUCCCCCCAAAAAAUCCAAAAAUCAAAAACUAAAUAAAACCUAAUAGAAACCAAAAGUUAGUGCUGCUGGGAAACCCUUUGCUAUAAAUAUGUGGGAAAUUUCUAUUCAUUUUGAGAGGAAGUUAGAAUUUAUUUCUAGCUUUACCUAUCAGGCAAAGCCACAAGAUUAAAAAUUUCUUUGGGAUCCUGCCAAAUUUCCAGGCAAAGAGCCUAGUGGGAAAAUUUUAGUUUGACCUUGUUUUUUUAAGGCAAUUGAGAGGAAGGAGAACAGAAUAAGACCUUUCAAGUUGAUUCCUAAAUACAAGCUUAUGUUCUCCCUUGAAACUUACACAAAGCAGAGAAUAAACUCAGCUGCUGCCCGACUUGGUUUGGUGCUGGUGCAUUUGGGGCGCAGACAUAAGGAGUCGGUGGACAAAAUUGGUUCUGUGUUUUGUGAGGAGAGAUAACUUCCUGAGUUGGAGGCAAGCAUGUGGGCUGUCAUCAGAGUCACUGUAGAAAGGCCCUCUUCUUAACAUUUAGAAAGAUCUAUUACCUUUGUUUGCAAGACAAAGGUGCUCUCACAGGACAGAGGAUUUAGCACAGCAGAGCUGACUCCUAACUUGGUAGCAUUUGAUUUGAAAAGUUAACUACAGUAACCCCAUACCAGUGGGAAAUUCCCACAGCAUUAUUUUAAAUUAUCCCCAGAGUAGAGACCCAACACAAACACACUACAAGCCAAUUCUGUGUCAGUCUACUGAAGUUUCCAUGAACACUUUCUCUAAAUUUUCCUGGGGAUAUAAGUGGGUCUGGUUUGCUUAGAAAACAUUUUGUGAGUCUUGUCUGAUCCCUAAUGGUGUAGCUGGCCUAGUUUUGAUUAAAAAAAAAAAACAUUCUAUAUUAUGUUUGCUUCGAAUAUGACUGUACAUUGUGUGUUGACACUGGUAAUAAGCUAAUGUAAAUUUUCUUUUCUUUACAGCAAUAUAACUGCUAAAAAAGAACAGAAGACAGAUUGGCAUGCUUCCUGUAUUUCAUUGUAAUUUGUAUAUUUUACCUGUGUUGUGAGACUUUGCACCAUUGUGUGGUAUCCCACCCUUUCUGCUUUCAUAAGGAAAUGUGCUGACAUCAUGGCAUGAUGUCAGUGCUUACAUUCAUAAAACAAACUUUGGUUUGAAGAAUGUGACAGCAAACUGCACUCUCUCAGAAGGGAUUUUACAGACUUAAUGACUGUUCUCAGCAUAGCUGAGAUAAACUCUUCAAUGUUUGAGAUAAAAAAUCAUAUCUAACUAUUGUGCAUAUGUGCAUUUGUUUUUUUUUAAAUAAAAGACCUCUGGCUUCCUUUUAAAGAUCAAGAAGGAUAAAGAAGGAUAUAUUUUAUUGUUUAUAUGCUGUUACCCUUUUGUAUGUGAACACGUCUCUAAGAGACCCAAAGUGAGAGAAAAGCACUUGCCUGAUUAAGAAAUCUUAUUGAGAAAGCGCUAACACGAGUAUGGCAGAGAAACUAUGUAAAGCUGUCAGUGGUUGUGAACACUACUAGAUGCUGAAGCUUUCUAGCAUGUAGAAAGCUUUUUGCCCUUCAAAGUCAAAGGCUGUUUCUUUAAAGAAGAAGGUCAGGAUAGUUAGACAAGAAGGGAAAUGAGAAAUGGAAAAAAGUGGUUGAUCAUCAUGGUGGGAAAAUGGGAGAGGUAAAGCAGGGUCAGGAAGCUCACAAGGGAAUGCUUCCCAGACUUGGUUGUUGACAAUAAAGUUAAGGAUUCAUCACCA